AGAGAGAUAGAGAAGGAUAAUCAAUAAAAAACAAAAUGAAAACAUUAGGAAAAAUAGCAAAGAGCUGAUGGAUUGCUAACGUCAAGUUAUCAAUUAAAAAUUUGAUUUUCAUAAAAUUUCAACGUGUGGGAAGUAUCGAGGAUAGUAUUGAAGAUACCAAUAUGAGUUCUACAACUUUGCGAGGUGUUUUUCCUGAUCCAAAACCCGUUAACAGACGAAACUUCAUUAGAGAAAAUGUAAAAUCUGUUAGACAGAUGCAAAAAUUGCUACAGGAGGCAGGUGCAAUAAAACCCAAAUAUUCAAAUGAUGACAAAUACAAUACUGUACCUCCAUUGGCAAGACCCAGAGAUACUAUCCCAGUGCGACGAGGAUUAUCCAAAGAAAGCAGAUUUGGUUCUACCAAAAAUAUUGAAAAAAACGUGAGCAAAAAAGUUAGGGAACCUGACAUACCCCAGUAUGAGCAGAAAGUCUCACAUAGGUCAGUGCAAACUGAAAGGUUAGAUGACCCUUCAAAGGUAUUUGAAACUGGUGUGAUCAAAUACCCAACUGCAGGCUUAAAACGUCUCAAUAUAACAUCCAAAUCACCUCACAGAUUUGAGCAUGGUGACCCUGCUGACAUUACUGAGAACACUGAACCAGAAGAAAAGAACUUCAUCAAAGAAAAUAAAACAAAUUUCAAACAAAAGUUACCUAAAGAAUCUACCACCAAAGUGCCUGCUCAAGCACCCCCUACAUACCAGAGGGGUGUUGUGCCCCAGUACCUGAAGAAUAGAAAAGAUGAAAAAGAGGAAGAAGUAGAUGAGGAUUGUCCACCAGGACACAUUUUGUUACCUGAGGAAGAGAGAAAAGAAACCUUGAGAGUCUUGAGACAAAGUUAUGCUGACAGGAUUCAAGAACUCAAUUGUCUACCUGUGAGAAGUGAUACUCUGAGGGUCAAGAAGAGAAAAAUUGAGAUUGAAGAGGAGCUGAAAAGAAUAGAUGGAGGCAUAAAAGUCUUUCAGAGACCUAAAGUUUAUGUUAAAAUCAAUGCAUGAUCUUGUAGAGUCCAUCUGUGGUUUCAAAAUCAAAUAAAUUAUUUUAUUUAUGA